UGUUUCUAAAACCGAUGUUACUUGACAGAAAGUACGUCAAGCAUCGGGUUCAGUAAUGUUGCUUUUAAUAAAAUUGUAAUUAUUAUAGUUCCUAUACGUUAUUUACGUAUAUAAUUUCGAAUUUACACAACAACCUGAUGAAUAAAUCAUUUCCAUAUAACAACAUAGAGAAUGGUUGAAGAAAUAAAUGAAUUCGCUAAUGAUCAGGCCCAAUUUGACCUGCAAAUGACUGAUAUAGAAGAGCGUUUAUAUAGUCAUAUAUAUCAUAAUUCUAGUGCACAUCUAAUUAAUGAUAUAUCUUUAAAUGCUGAAAUCCAAGAUGACAAAUCUUUUGUAUGUGGAACAUCCAAUGUGACAAAAUCGCAGAAGGAAGAUAAUAUUAUCACAAUUUUAUCAAAUGAUAGCGAUGAUGAUAUUGUCGAAAUAGUUGAAAAGAAACCCAUUUGCAUUGUCAUAGAUAGCGACAAUGAAGGAAAAAAUCAUGCAAAUGGAAAAAAUGAAAGUUUUGUAAUACCAGAUCAUGGAAGAUAUCUGAAUAAUCCCAAUCACCAGACUGAUAAUAAAAAGAAAAACACAAUUUUAGGUAAAAAUAAAAUACAAGCAAAUAAGACUAGGAAUAGAAAUAAUAUGAAGCUCGCCAAUAGUUCAAAGCAACCACGUUUUAACGUGUCUAUCAGCAAAUCAUUGGAUCCUCAUUUAAUUUCUGGAGAUUACUCUCAAUUUAAUCAUAACUCCAUCAUUGCUAAUAUGAUAAAAGAUCGAAAUAAAUGGAAAAUCAAUUACACUGAUAUGCAAGGUCCUUCAAUUAAUAACCGAGAAAAACGAGUUCGAUGUCAUAAUUGUCAUCAGACUGGUCAUGUCAAGCUAAGUUGUCCUGAUCCUAUAAAAGGUGAAAUAUGUUACAUGUGUGGCUUACAAGGACAUUUGGAGCCUAGAUGCCCUAAGAGAAUGUGUUUAGCAUGUGGAGUUCCUUCAUUUGCAUUCGUCAUUGGAUGCCACAAAUGCCGUGAUAGACAUAGAUUAGUAUGUUCAAUGUGCAACAUGGCUGGCCAUAAUGAAAAUACAUGUCCUGAUCUGUGGAGAAGAUAUCAUAGAAGCAUUGAUCCAACGAAGUCACCCAUAGUCCAGCAUUCAGGUUUAAAGGAUACACGAAAUUUGUUCUGCAGCAAUUGCUCAGCUCGUGGGCAUAUUUAUGACAAUUGCAGUAAAUUAAGAAUAAAUGAGCAUAGUUUAAGUCUACCAAAUAUUGUUAAAUAUGAUGCAGUUCUGCCCAUUCAAUCUGUGAACCUUAACAAUAAUUCCAAGAGCAGUCUUAAUAAUGGCAAUUUUAAUACGGCUGAUGUAAAUAGAAUUAAUGGACAUGUAUAUUUAAAUAAGUCAAAUAAUAUGGAUGUUAGAACUUCUAAUGAAUGUUUGGAUGCAGCAAACCAAGUUUCUUCAUCUAAUGUGAAUAAUAUGAAUGGAGGUGUUAGUCCUGAUAUCAAAGAUUCAUUACAAAAAGAGCAUCAAAGUUUAAAUGCAGAUAAUACAGAUACUGAUAAUAACUCUUUGGUUGACUCCGAGCCACAAAUUUUUGACUUUAUGAGGCCAGCGAAUAUAAAUAUACCAGGUAGUGGUGCUGUUUGUAUUGUUAUUGAUAAGUAUACUGUACAAGUGCUAAUGAAACCUGAAGGUGCAAAAUUUUUACAUAACGUUUCGAAAAGCCUCAGUACCAAGGUAGAGAUUCAAUUGUCAAGAUAUGGAGGUUUACUUUAUGUAAAUGACCAUACAAAGGAACAGCCUUUCAGAAAGCAUUUGAAAGACUGGAUUAAAGCUGUUAACACCAAAUUACUGUCUACACAUACUUAUGUUAAGCUUCCAAAUAGAACUAAAUCUUUAAUAAAUUUUAUUCAAUCAUUAAAGGCUACUCCGUGUAGACAAAUUUCAAAUCCAUCUUCAAAAUAUAGAACUCUAUUAAAUAUAACAAAUAAUGAUUAUAGUGUUAUUAGCAACAAGCAAGUAAAACUCUACCACAAAACUAUCAGACAAUUAAAUUUGUUUUUCUUUGAAGAAAAUGGGCUCAAAGAAGGUGAAUUCCAUGCAAAUAAAUUAAACGAGUUAGUGAAACAAUUAGAUACAAUUUCUGAAACUGUUAUUCCGAAAGAGUUAUAUGAAGAAAUUAAAAGCCAUUAUGACUAUAUAUUUACAACUGACCAUGGAAAUUAUAAAGAAUUGAUAGAAUUAUAUAGAAAGAAGAAAAAUAGAAACAUUUCAUCGGAUCACUUCUGAUAAAUAAUAAAAUCC